AUGGUAUUAAAGCGAACAAAAGGUUACCAAGAUAUAGAUGACAACAAUGGAUCUCUCUCAUCCAACGUUACCCCAGAUCUCAAUAGUAUCAAUAAUGUAAUGCCUCAAGAAAUUGAAAUGGCAUCCGUUUCUGUUGUACCUGAUGAUACCUUUACUGUGACACAAGCUGUGAAUGCUCUAGGAUUUGGAUGGUUUCAAGUCAAAUUAUCCUUAUGGACGGGCCUUUGCUGGAUGGCCGAUAGCAUGGAAAUGACGAUUUUAUCAAUUCUCUCACCUGCAUUGCAUUGUGAUUGGCAAAUAUCCAGAUAUCAACAGGCCCUAACUACUACAGUUGUAUUCUUAGGAAUGAUGUUAUCUUCAACAUUUUGGGGCAACUUGAGUGAUAGAUAUGGAAGAAAGCAUGCAUUGACACUGUGUGCUAUAUUACUAUUCUAUUAUGGGCUUCUGAGUUCUAUAGCUCCCAGUUUCAUGUGGAUAUUGCUCCUCAGAGGACUUGUAGGAUUUGCCAUAGGAUGUACACCUCAGUCUGUCACCUUGUAUGCGGAAUUUUUGCCUACAAAGCAAAGAGCUAAGUGUGUUGUUUUGCUUGAUUGUUUUUGGGCACUAGGUGCAUGUUUUGAGGUAACACUAGCACUAGUUGUUAUGCCUACUCUUGGUUGGCAUUGGCUACUAGCAUUGUCCACAGGUCCUCUACUAGCUUUUGCAGCAAUAUGCCCAUGGCUCCCUGAAUCUGCUCGAUAUCAUGUGGCCAGUGGACAGACAGAAAAAGCUUUGGAAACCUUGGAAAAAAUUGCCAAAGACAAUGGAAAACCCAUGCUUCUAGGUCGACUAGUUGUUGAUGAUUCAAUGAUGACUCCUCCUCAUAGGGGUAGAUUUCGAGAUCUUUUGGUACCUUCUUUGAGGACUACAUCACUUCUCCUAUGGUUUAUAUGGAUGGCUUGUGCAUUCUGCUACUAUGGUCUAGUGCUGAUGACCACAGAACUGUUUGAAACCUCUGCAAUUUUGUGUUCAGAUAAGCCUGUGCUAGUUCAGACUCUGGAUACAUGUGCUGCCGAUUGUAAGGUAUUGCAAACCACUGAUUACAUGGACUUGUUAUGGACAACCUUGGCAGAAUUUCCAGGAAUUUUCAUUACAAUUGCGACCAUUGAAAGGUUUGGUAGAAAAAAAACCAUGGCGGUGCAGUUCAUAGCUUAUGCAGUUUGCUGCUGUUUUUUGGUAGUUUGUUCACAAAAGCGAGUCUUUUUGACAGUCAUGCUAUUUUUCGCGCGUGGAAUUAUAGCAGGAGUGUUUCAAGCUGCCUAUGUGUACACCCCCGAAGUUUAUCCGACUUCUCUUAGGGCUGUAGGAGUAGGUGCUUGUAGCGCCAUGGCCAGGUUAGGGGCUAUGAUUACCCCCUAUGUAGCACAGGUUUUGUUGAAAUCCUCGAUAACAUUUUCGACGACGAUUUAUGCGGUAGCUGCCAUAUUGGCUGCCAUUGGCUGUCUGCUCUUACCAAUCGAAACGAAGGGUCAGGAGCUUCACGAUAGUGUGCAACAGCAAGCCAAUGCGAGGGCAGCGAAUAAAUGA